CCAGAAGCUCUCCUCCACGCAGGACGUGACGAAACCCUAGCCCCCGAUCUCCGUUCCCGAUUCACCUCGAUUCUCCAUGGGCUCGUCCAAUUCCGGCGACGACGACGACGACGGCGACGCCGGCUCCACGUUUCACGAUGCCUGCGACGACUUCCCGUUCUACGAUUGCCCGGCUCCCGACGACUCCGCCGCUCCCCUCGACGGAUCGGAACCGAAGCCGCCCUCCUCCUCGCCGGAGAUUCCCUCCGGCCUCCGGCGCCGGCGUUCGGGUAGGGUCCCCGCCGGAGGAGAGGCCGAGGCCGAAUCGGGCUUCGCCGCCCGUUCCAGGGAGAACAGGUUCAGGCUUUACCGCGAUUUGACGGAAGGGGAAGGUCCUAUCGAGCGAGCGCGCUCGGAUGUGGAGGAGAGGAGCUCGAUUUCGGUUCCGGGCAUUGCUCGGCGUGAUGAGGGCGAGGAUUCCGCCAUAACAACGUCGAACGAUGCUGGAGUCGGCGACACGGCGGGGGAGUCGAUCGUGACUCCGUCCGAGGAGGUCUGUGAUGGGGCGGGCGAGCGGAAGGAUGACGCGUCUAUAGUGACCGCGGUGGAUGACGAACGAAUCGGCGACUCAAUGGACUCGGCCGACUCGGCUGACUCGGCGGUUCCGCUUGGUGAAACCACGUCUUCUAGUUUGCUCAUAUCUAUGGCGGGAAUACUAAUUAAGGCAAUUGGAUUCCAAAUUAACUUGUUAGUUAGCUUUAUUACUUUCCCAUUUUGGUGUUUUCGUACAUUUUACGCCUUCGUCUUCGACCCCUAUGCGACAAUGAGGCGUGGCGUGAAGUGUUUGACUGGAAAGAUAUCGAGCGUAUGCAAUUCGGUGUGCGAUAAAAUGAGUCCUUUUGUACGUGAAUGGUUCGAGGACAAUAAGUCAAUUUGGAAGCUCGUGCUGCGGUGCGGUUGGGGGCUCUUUUGGUCGAUGUAUGUUUGUUUCAUCUUGGUCGGUUUACUGGUGACUGCUGCUCUGAUUAGUGGUCUUAUAAUGAGGUUUCUGGUGGCAGAGCCGAUCAGGAUAGAGGACAAAUUGAACUUUGAUUAUACGAAACACAGCCCGGCCGCUUAUCUACCGGUAAGUUCUUGUGCCGGUGCAGAUUGUGGUAUGAAAUGUGGAGGGAUAGUUGUUGAUGUGGGGAAGAGUGGGAGAUCGCGGGUUAUUCCUCCUCGUCACGAGCUGGAAGCAACUGUGUCUUUGACAUUGCCAGAGUCUGAGUACAACAGAAAUUUAGGUGUCUUUCAGGUCAGGGUUGAUCUGCUGUCCGCUGAUGGUGAAGUACUUUCAAGUUUAAGCCGUCCGUGCAUGCUACUCUUCAAAAGCGAGCCUAUCCGCCUUCUCUUAACUUUCCUUAAAGUAGUUCCGCUGAUUGCUGGCUAUGUAUCAGAAUCUGAAACCAUCCAUGUGAAGUUUCAAGGUUUUAUUGAAGGCAAUGUACCCACUGCCUGUGUAAAGGUGGUCCUUGAACAACGGGCAGAAUUCCGUCCUGGAGCUGGCAUCCCUGAAAUAUAUGACGCAUCGCUAACCCUGGAGUCUGAGCUUCCUCUUUUAAGAAGGAUCCUAUGGUACUGGAAGAGGACCAUAUUUAUCUGGAUCAGCAUGGUGAUGUUUAUAUGGGAGUUGCUAUUUACUCUAAUCUGCUGCAAGCCCAUCCUUAUACCACGAACAAGGUGGAGUGUUGAUUCUGCUAGAAGUCAUGCUCGAAAUGCUUCUCCCUCACAUUGAUGGUGUGGAACUUUGGCCUGCAGAUAGAUGAUACAAAGGUAACAUCUAAUUUUUGGCAUCUGCACUUAUGUCCUCCUUCGAAAGAAACGAUUCGUCCUCGUUUUGAGUGCCUCCCUCUGCAAUGUGGGGGAACAGCGACCAAGUCGGGCCAAACACGUGGGUCUGGACAAAGUUUUUAGGCCAUGUAAAACAUGUCUCUAAGCGUUAAGUGAGACAUUUGUAUUGUACUCCUGCUCAUUCUUUGAUUCUUUUUCUCCUCCUGUCAAAUAAUAAAUAUAGCGCCUGUCCUCUAAGUAUAUGUUGGCAAAGAGUAUUCAGCUUGUUAUGCUUGUUGCCGCUGUCGCUCUUAGAUGUCGUUACAACUUCCGAAACAUGUUGGCCUGAUGCUGUUUUGGAAGACUGAAAAGCUUCAAGUUAUCCUUCAGAUAGCGGGUUUAAGUUUUGUGAGGUGGUGAGUAAGCAUAUGUAAAGCAGAUCUGGUUAAAUCAUACGGUACAUACAUAUAGCGUUUCUAUUAUCUUUGAACCUCAUUUUUGGGUGUUUCAUUUCGUAUUUGAUUUGGUUCUCUUAAGUAAUUGUAAAUCCAUGUAAUAAUUUGUACACGGGGGGUAAUUUAUACAUCCAAUAUUAUAUUC